AUGCCGUCGCCGCCGUCCGCAGUAGGAAGUGUCGUGUUCGCUGCUGAUGACGUGGUUGAUGUUGCCGUUGCCAAGUUGUCAUUCAAAGAUGCAGAUUCAACGCUAGAUGUUGAGGGCAAGAUUGGCACUGUACUCAAGGUUGAAGGGACUGAGGUAGGUGCCAACAACGUCGACGAACCUGAUGCUGAGCCACUGUUUUGGACAGAGGGUGAUAGUGCGCCUGUGGAUAUGGAAGGAGUCGAGCUCGGGGCUGCCGGACUUAUGAAUGACGCCCCGAGCGCAUCGCUAGCAAGUAAACUCGAGGCAGGCGUCAACGAUGUCGACGAGCUUUCUGCAGGGCCACUGUUUUGGACAGAUGAUGCGCCUGCAGAGAUUGAAAGGGUUUGGUCGGGGCCUGUCGGACUGAUGAAUGACGCCCCAAGCUCAUCAGUGUUCAGCGAGCUUGAAGCAGGCUCGGACGAUGUGGACGAACUGGUUGCCAGGCCGCUGUUUGGAGCGGAGGGUGAUGAUGCGCCUGCAGAUAUGGAAGAAAUUGAGCUCGGGGUUGUAGGACUAAUGAAGGACGCCCCAAGGGCAUCGCUUUCCGGUAAGCUUGACGCAGACGCGGUGCCUGUGUUUCCUGAGGCCGAGAUACUACCAAUACUUGACGAGCCAGGCGUGCUCUGA